GCCGCGGCAGCCGCGCUCAGUCCAAGAUGGCGGCGGUGGGGGACGGGGCCGCCGCUCGGUCCGGGUUCCGGCCGUUCGACCCCACGGCUCUGGGGCUGAGCCCCGGCUGGAGGCUCACGGCCUUCGGGGAGCUCCGCGGCUGAGGCUGUAAGGUCCCGCAGGAGGCGCUGCUGAGGCUGCUCCGGACCUUCGGGCCCGAGCGGGGCCUGCAGCGGGGGGGGGAGCCGGGACCGGAACCGGAGCCGGGGCUGGAACCGGAACCGGGGCUGGGAACGGAACCGGGGCUGGGAACGGAACCGGAGCCGAGCGGAGCGGGGGGAGCACCGGCGCUGGGGAUCGGGCUGGACUCGUGCGUCAUCCCCCUGCGCCACGGGAGCCUCUCCCUGGUGCAGACCACGGACUUCUUCUACCCGCUGGUGGAUGACCCCUACAUGAUGGGCCGCAUCGCCUGCGCCAACGUCCUCAGCGACCUCUACGCCAUGGGGGUGACCGAGUGCGACACCAUCCUCAUGCUGCUGAGCGUCAGCACCCGCAUGAGCGAGGAGGAGAGGGACAAGGUGGUGCCGCUGCUGGUGAAGGGCUUCCGGGACGCGGCAGAGGACGGGGGGACGUCGGUGACCGGGGGACAGACUGUGCUCAACCCCUGGCUCAUCAUCGGCGGCGUGGCCACCACCGUGUGCCGGCCUGGGGAGUUCAUCAUGCCUGACAGUGCCGUCCCCGGUGAUGUCCUGGUGCUCACCAAGCCCCUGGGCACACACAUGGCAGUCACCGCGCACCAGUGGCUCGACAACCCGGAGCGCUGGGAGAAGCUGAAGCUGGUGGUGACGCGGGAGGAGGUGGAAGCUGCAUAUCAGGAGGCCGUGCUCAACAUGGCCACGCUCAACCGCACCGCCGCGGGUCUGCUGCGCGCGUUCGGCGCCCACGCGGCCACUGACGUCACCGGGUUCGGGCUCCUCGGGCACGCGCGCGCGCUCGCGGCUCGGCAGCGCCACCACGUGACCUUCGUCAUCCACAACCUGCCCCUGAUCGCGCGCACCGCGGCCAUGAGCGCGGCCUGCGGGGGGGGGAGGCUGCUGCGUGGAACAGCCCCGGAGACAUCCGGGGGCCUCCUGCUGUGCCUGCCACGUGACCAGGCGGCGCGGUUCUGCGCGGAGCUGCGCGGCCGCGCGGGGGCGCCCCAGGGCUGGAUCAUCGGGAUCGCGGAGCCGGGAGCGCGCAGCGCGCGCCUGAUCGAGCGGCCACGUGUCAUCGAGGUGCCCGUGCGCGGCCACGGCCCCGCCCCCGACUGCCCCGCCCCCCCCGAGGCCCCGCCCCUGCCCGAGCCGCCCUCAUAGGGAUCAAUGGAGAGAGACCCAAAUCCGAGCAAAAUGACCCAAAAAUGGCCCAAAAAGGCCCCAAAUCCACUCAAAAACGGGCUCAAAUCUGCCCAAAAAACAGCCUCAAAUCCGCCUGAAAACAGCCUCAAAUUCACCCAAAAAACGGCCUCAAAUCCGCUCGAAAAUGGCCCAAAACAGCACAAAAUGCACCCAGAACGAUCCAAAAGGAGCCAAAUCCAGACGAAAUCAACCCAGAAUGGCGCAAAACAGCCCCAAACUGAGCGAAAAAGAACCCAAAAUGGUCCAAAAGGGACCUAAAACCCACUCGGAACAGCCCAAAACGCACAGAAAUGACCCAAAAAUACCCAAAAUAGCCCCAGAUUGAUCCUAAAUCCCUCAAACUGCCCCAAAACCAAACCGAGCAGCCCAAAAUGCACCAAACUGAGCCAAAAUGACAGGAAACAGCCCCAAAAUGAUACCCCUCAGGGGGGGUCACGUGACCACCCCCCCCUCCCAACCCCCUUUUCCCCCCAUUUAUGACGCCUCCCCCCCAAAAGCCCAACGUGGGGUGGGGGAGGGGCC